GCCGUGCUCAUCAGCUCCGCCGUGUUUAUACAAUGGGGAAGCUGAGCGCCGGCACAGGUUGUUGCGCUUGAAGGUGUCGCACGUCUGAGUUUCGACUCGGUAACGUCGGAGGUGAGCCGAAUAAGAGGGCACCGGGCGCCUGAAGCGAGAUGGAGAGUGGGGGUGAAAGUGUCCCCCGGUCCCGCUGUCGAGCCAUUCCUGAGAUGCCCACCUUCCCUGACUCGGACAGCUCUUUGGGUGGGAAAUUUAGUCCAGGACAACAUCGGCAAGGCAGUGGAGACAACCACAUUACCAGCAAUGGAAAAAUUGAAGUGGAACAAGUGAUCAGCAAAAAGCUACAACUGAAAAGGAAAGCAGAGUUUCUGAAGAGUGACCUGAUACGUCAGUUUGACAGUCAGGUCAAUGACUUCAUGGACAGUCUUAUUGAGGAGUCGGCCAGCCUCGAGCCUGCGCCAGUUCCUGCUGUCUUCUCACCCCCACUGUCAGACAAGGAGAGGAGCAAACUCAGGCAUUUUCGGCCUCCUCGUGGCCAGGGAAAGCAGUUUGUCAGUCGCAGGUCCCUCUUAGAUGAGCUGUUUGAGGUGAACCACAUCAGGACAAUCUACCACAUGUUUAUUGCCCUCCUCAUUCUCUUUAUCCUCAGUACACUUGUGGUAGAUUUCAUUGAUGAGGGCAGGCUGGUGUUGGACUUUGACCUGCUGGUCUAUGCAUUUGGACAGUUCCCUCUGGUGGUGUGCACGUGGAUCUGCAUGUUCCUGUCUGCGUUGCUGGUUCCCUACACCCUGUUCCAACUAUGGUCACAGACCCAGUCUGGGUCUUACAGUCAUCCUAGGUUGUACAGUUUGCUGUUUGGUUCUGUAUUCCUGCUCUACGAAGCUCUGGGUCUGGGAUUUCUUCCCACAUAUGUGGUGGUGACCAACAGUUUGCCACCUGCAUCCUGCUUCAUCAUCAUCGUAGAACAGGUGCGUCUAAUGAUGAAAGCACACUCAUUUGUCAGGGAGAAUGUACCAAGAGUUCUGGCCUGGGCUAAAGAAAAGACCAGUCCCAGCCCAGCGGUCCCUCAGGUUUCUCAGUAUCUCUACUUCCUGUUUGCACCCACACUAAUCUACAGAGACAAGUACCCCAGGAACCCAACGAUCAGAUGGGGCUACGUGGCCACAAAGUUACUUCAGGUGCUAGGCUGUCUGUUUUAUGCCUAUUACGUUUUUGUGCGGCUGUGCAUCCCUCAGUUUCGCAGCAUCGGUCUACACCUGUUUGACCUGAAGGCCAUGGUCCUCUGUGUCUUUAACUCCAUCCUGCCAGGAGUGUUGGUUCUCUUCCUGGGAUUCUUUGCCUUCCUCCACUGUUGGCUCAAUGCAUUUGCUGAGAUGCUUCGUUUUGCUGAUAGGAUGUUUUACAAGGAUUGGUGGAAUUCAACCUCUUUUGCCAAUUACUAUCGCACUUGGAAUGUAGUGGUCCAUGACUGGCUGUACUACUAUGUGUACCGGGACUUCCUGUGGAUGUCUCAGAAGCGUUUCAGACCAGCAGCCAUGCUGUUUGUGUUUACGGUGUCUGCAGUGGUCCAUGAGUACAUUCUUGCAAUCUGCUUUGGCUUUUUCUAUCCUGUGCUCUUCUGCCUUUUUAUGUGCUUUGGAAUGAUGCUCAACUUCAUUCUGCAUGACCAAAGGAAAAGUCCCAUCUGGAACAUAAUCAUGUGGACAUCCCUCUUCUUGGGUCAGGGAGUCAUUAUCUGUUUGUACUCCCAUGAGUGGUAUGCCCAGCGCUACUGCCCCCUGAAGGAGCCUUCCUUCCUAGAGUUACUGAAGCCUCGCUCCUGGAGCUGUCAGAGAGGCUUCGUGGUGGACUCUGAAAGGCUGUGACCUGUGUUUGGACUACUGCCAAGGAAUAUCACUGAUCAGUAUAAAUUUGACAUGCCUUUCUGUUACUUUCAUAACUGUUGUCUUGAAUAAUUUUUUGUAUUUUAUUGCACUAAGGCCAUGUCUGAGUCUGUGUAAGAGGUCCAAUAAGUAUCUGCCAAAAUGUUCUUUACUCUAACCGCUAAGUCACAAUAAUGCCUUACUUAUCUUUUUCACGUUUUCAAAGGCAACCCCACAACUAAAUUACAAGUUCACAUAAAACCACGUGUGAACUCUUUUAUUUUUAUGUUUUAUUUAUUUUUCAGAUAUAUUCCCAUUACUUUUGCCUUGAUCAACUGUGAAACCACUCCCUGUGCCAAUAGAAUAGUGGCAAUAAUGAUAUGGCAGCUGAAUAAAAACAUUAGACAGUACAAACUAUUUUCACAUUAUGCAGUAAUGGUUAAUAAUUAACAAAGUUUGCAACUGCUUCUCUAUUAUAAAGGAGAUUCAGUGUGCUGCUUGGAAAAACAUUUGAUGUUAUUUAUAUUCACUGCCCACAAGAUUUAUUUUGAAAAACAGCAACUGUUUGGUGUUUUGUAUAAAUCUACGAGAAACUCUGGUCUCUGUAUUAUAACCUGCAGUCAACUUGUCUGAAGGGGAAAAUGAAGGUGGCAUUCGAAAUGCUGAUGUAGUUUGGAAAGUUAUUUUAUAGUAAAUGUGAAACUGUGAUGAUUCAGGAAUAGGGCUUGUACACCUGAAUUCUUACAUUUUCAAAAUCCCAAACUUAAUACAAACUUUUUUACUUUGCCCGCUGUCAAGCUAGACGUUACGAAGUUAGACGCUCAUCAAAAUCAUGAAACUGAACUCCAUAAAACAAAAUGUUAAACAGAACACAUGAUAAUUAUUCUAUGUGGAGUUAAUAUACUGUGACUGAUGAAUGUAUUCUUACUUAUUUAAUUGAACUGGUUUGAACAUGCAUCAAGCUUGAUAGAGAACGUUUCUUGUGAACCUAAAUGAAGUUAUAUUUUUUUCAUGACCAAUGUCAUGUGAAUUAUGUGCAGUGAUUUCAACUGCAAGGUGAAAUAACUACAGAAUGACAACUUACCGAAAACUGUUGCAGCUGGCUGCUAGAAUAUUAUAACAUUAAGAUAGCAAUGAUACUUGAUUACCACUAAGGGCUAAGCUUGCUUUGUCUGAUACUCAGUGCGUUAAAUAAGAUUGUUUUGUUGUUGAAAUCGUGAAUGUAUUCACUUUAAAGAACAGUAACUUUCAUGUCAAACUAAUGGAAUAAGGAAUUUAGAUGCUCAGUGUGCUUGUAGUCCUUGUGUUCUUGAAAUAAUCUGUCUAUACAUUUGUAAUAUGUGGAGGAAAUCACCAAUCAAUCAUUGCACAGUUAAUGUUUGCAAUUCUGACAUAUUGCAAUGCAGGGUAUUUAUGCUUGUGAAUAAUGAGAUGCACAAUACAAAGAAAAAAACAGUCAUGGGAAACUCAGCACUCCUAAAAACUGUAUGACCACAAGGUGGCACUGUAUUAAAAGAUUUUAUUUUUGA